AUGGCGUCAGCCAUCCCCAGGAAGAAAAGAGAUAUUAAAUGUUGGAUUUGUAUGAGCUAUGUAUGGGCUAUGACGGCUGAUGCAAAUUUUUAUGCAUAUGCGAGGGUGAUCCAAGGAGUGUCAAACAUUUCAUCUACCGACUAUCGGAGGCUUUAUGCAGAUGUCAAAGAUGAUUUGAUGAUGAAGGAGUGA